UCUGAGCGCAACACCAGGGAUGAAGAGGAGGUGGAGGACGAUGAGGAGGGUUUCAGCGACCCCAGCUCACCUCCCGUCAGGCCGCAGAGUCUGAGGACUAACCCCAACGUGGCCGUGUCCCUCAGCUGUGACGCCACCCCGCUGUCCCCAGAGGAUGAGGAGGAUGGGGGCUUUUAUUUUGAAGGGUACGACGAAGACCUGAGGGGCGUUUUGGAGGCGGGUCGCCGGCAGAGCGCUCCGGACACGCUGCCGGACCUGAACCAGGACAGCUCGGACCCCAAGCAGAUGCCAAAGAGGUUCGGCAUCGCAGAUUUCUUCACCAGGAGCCUGUUUUCUAGGAAACCCAAAGAGCCCAAAGCGACGUCUCACAGCUCAGCAGGGUGGCGACUGUUUGGCAAGACAGCAGCCAGAGAAGGCGAUACGAGCAAAGACCUCGCCUCCACGCCGACCGCGGAGCAGUCUCCUCAGCAGGAGCCGAUGAAGGACUCCAGCGUGCCCUCGUGUCCUCAGCGCCCCCUGCUUACAGGGAGGAGGAAAAACCUGGAGUUUGAACCUCUUUCCACCACGGCUCUCAUCUUGGAGGACCGCCCUUCGUGUUUAUUUACAUUGUGUGUGUGCAGGAAGGGAACGAGGCGGGUCAGAGAGCUGUGGUGGCAGGGCCUCCCCCCCAGCGUCAGAGGAAGAGUUUGGAGCCUCGCUAUCGGCAACGAGCUGAACAUCACACCAGAGCUCUAUGAGAUCUUCCUCUCCAGAGCCAAAGAGAAGUGGAGGAGUUACAGCGAGACCAGCUCGGUGAACGACAGCGAGAGCGAUGGAGGAGCAUCUCUGGCCGACAGAGAGUCCAGCCUGGAUCUCAUCAAACUAGACAUCUCCAGAACCUUCCCCUCGCUCUUCAUCUUCCAGAAGGGCGGUCCGUACCACGACCUCCUCCACAGCGUGCUGGGUGCCUACACGUGUUACAGGCCUGACAUUGGCUAUGUGCAGGGCAUGUCCUUCAUCGCUGCCGUGCUCAUCCUCAACCUGGAGGAGGCCGAGGCCUUCAUCACCUUUGCCAACCUGCUCAAUAAACCCUGUCAGAUGGCCUUCUUCAGAGUCGACCACGAACUGAUGUUGAAGUAUUUUGCAGCCUUUGAGAUUUUCUUCGAGGAGAAUCUUCCUCGUCUCUUCAGCCACUUCCAGACCAACAGCCUGACCCCUGACCUCUAUCUGAUUGACUGGUGA